AUUAAAUAAAAUUAUGCAUUUCCUGAGUUUGAGUAUUUGUAUUUAUGGAUACAUUGCAUUUACAAGUGCACGAACUGAAGAAGAUCAAGCAUCAUCACCUGCAGCUAACACUGAGAUAAGACUCGGGAUUCCGCCGCCUGAAAGAUGUUUUUAUCAAGAUGCCUCCGAGUGCCCUAAGAUUGAAAAUCCUGAUGAUUGUCCCUGUAAAAGAAUUCCAAUACUUUCAUCCAGUAAUAAUGAAGAAUACGCUGUGUUUUGUUGUGAUUUAAAUAUCAAAACCUUUGAAACCGGUCUUGCUUGCAGCAAUUUCCCGGUUAAUGUAUCAUAUAUUCAUAUAAGAAAUGCAACUCUAGAAGCCUUAAAUGUUAGUGAGGUCAAAUGGAGACGACUCAAAUCACUAGCCAUCACAGACGGUAAAAUAAAUCGUAUCAAAGGUCAAUUUCUUAUGAUGACACCGACUCACUGCUUAAAUCUGUCAAAUAAUGCUCUUACGGAGAUUGAAAAUAAUUCCUUUACAAGAUUAUCUCAAUUAACAAGUUUAGAUUUAUCUUAUAAUAAUAUGACACAUCUGCCGGCAUUAAAUAUAAUGAAUGGUCGAGAAUUUUGGCUUGAUAUCUCUGGAACUAAUACUCUUUGGUGUCAUGAUGUCUCCCAGUAUAUAAACAAGACAGGAGAUAAACAGAUUAUUUUUAAUCGUGAAAAUGAGACAGUUUGCUCAGCUAGUAAAACUUGGAGGUGGUUCAAUACUACUGAGCAAGUUCCAUUAGAACAAGUUAGACUAUUAAGUUUGCUUCAAACUGAGUGUCCAAAAGGAAAAACUUGGCAGUGUCAAUGUAGUUUUAUUAGACUCAAUAUCGUACAGGGAGAAAAACCAGUAAUGGCUGUUGAAGUUGAUUGUAGUGGUAAUCAAUUAACUAGACUACCUCAACGGUCGAAAUUUUCUGAUAAUUUUGAGUUCUUAAGUCUCCGCCACAAUAAAAUUAAAUCAGUACCAACGUACAUUUUAGUACCUAAUGUUCACAAUAAAAAUCAUCUAAGUCAUCGAUACGUAAAACUAGGUGGUAAUAAAUUGCUUUGUAAUUGUAAUACAGCAAAAUAUUUAAAACCAUGGCUGCAAACAAAUAUACUUGAUCCUGAUGAGGUUCUAUGCGAAAAUGUUAAGGAAAAAGUUGUUGACUUAGAACCGUCCAAAAUGUGUGUUCAUCCUGGUGAUUGGACAGACUAUAUAUAUUACUUGAUUGCAUUUGAAACAUUAAUGCUAAUAAGUCUUAUUGCUAAAGUGUCUUAUGAUUAUUGGAUUUUCAAAACCGCAGGAUAUUUACCUUGGCCGGCUAAUAAAAUGCCGAAACUACCUUGUGAUUGGCUGUGCGAGGCA